AUGGAAGUGGCCACGAGCUGCUGCAUCAAAGUAGCCUUUGGGGUUUUCCCGUGGCCUUUGAGAAGGGGACAUUGGGAACGCCCCAGCUGGAGAGGCCUGAGGGCGGCUGACAGCACCUUCCGAAGGCCUUGCAUUUGCCGUGCGCUCUCCGGGCCCUGUGUGCCGGCCACCCUUCUGACGGGCAAUCCUUUCUUGUCCCAGCUCAGCACACGCUCUGCAAUUCAAGGUGCCGCCGGACCAGCAUCGCCUGCAGCAGCCAGCUCGCCCCCCGCUGCUGGCACUUCAUCCAGCAGCGCAGCCCAGCAGCCCGAGACGAGAGAGGAGCAGGGCCUGAAGACACUGAGGAGCAUUGUGAGUCUGGGCGAGCCAAUGAGCAGAUACACGGCAUUUGAAGAACUUGGACGAGGGGGCUUCGGAGCUGUCUAUAAAGCCCUUGACACCAGCACCGGACAACAGGUGGCAAUCAAGAUAAUGUCGCUUCAGGAGGAGAUGUCCGAGGAGCUGGCUGUCAGUGAAAUCCUGGUCAUGAGGGACAACAGGAAUCCCAAUAUUGUCACCUACUUAGACAGCUACCUGGUCGAUGCAGAGCUCUGGCUGGCGAUGGAGUUCAUGGACGGCGGCACGUUGCUUGAUGUGCUCAGGGCAGUGUACCUGGAGGAAGGACAGAUAGGCGCUGUCUGUCGGGAGUGCCUGCAAGGACUGCAUUUCCUUCAUUCCCGCCAAGUCAUCCACAGAGACAUCAAAAGCGGCAACGUUCUUGUGGGCAUGGAUGGCUCUGUCAAGCUGGCGGACUUUGGCCUCUGCGCUCAGCUCAGCCCUGAGCGCAGCAAGCGCAGCUCCAGCGUCGGCACUCCCAGCUGGAUGGCACCGGAGGUGGUGAGAGGAGAAGCCUACGGCCCCAAAGUGGACAUCUGGUCCCUGGGGAUCAUGGGGCUGGAAAUGGUGGAAGGGGAAGCUCCUUACCAGAGGGAAGCCCGUCUCAGGGUGUUUGAGCUGAUAGAAAGGAACGGGCCCCCAAAACUGCAGAACCCCAGGCACCACUCGGCUCUCCUGCGCGACUUUCUCCGCUGCUGCCUGCAGGCAGACGAGGACAGGCGCUGGUCUGCCCAGGAACUCCUGCAGCACCCGUUUGUGACCUCAGGCCAGCCUGCCUCCAGCCUGGCUGCUCUGAUCAUCUCAGCCAAGCAAGUGCAGGAGGACUGGAGAGCAGAGGCCUGCGCCUGA